AUGGCUGACUACCUCAAACGAAAAGAGAAAGUAUCAAGGAAGUGGUUGGAGCUUCGUGUGCACCGUGCCAGUAUGGAGAAGUCCUCCAAUGUCCACCCCAGUCAUCUACCGAGAUCCAGAAUGAAGCCCAGGAGGGAGAGCGAGAGGGGAGCCACAGUGCCUCCCAGAGGUAACCGGCAAAGGUCAUCAAAGGCAGGCCGGCUCCCUGAAGCAUCAUCAGCGAGGAAAGAGAGGCUACAGAAGGACAAACCAGGGAGGAAUGAGGUGAAGGUGGAGCAGGAGGCAGAAGUGAAGUUGAAGUCUACUGUGGUGGAUAUAGACAGAGUAAGAGAUGACGAGGUCAAGGAGGAGAACCCGGGGCUCUUGGAAGCAGCGGAGGAGGAAGAAGAUUUGAAGCACAAGAACCUGGGAGUGUUUGAGUGGCUGCUGAUGGUCUUUGUCUUGGCUCUGGUUCUCCUCUUCCUCCCUCUGUCCAUCUGGUUCUGUUUCAAAGUAGUAAGGGAGCAUGAGAGAGCUGUGAUCUUCAGAUUGGGUCACCUGCUGCGUGGAAGACCCAGAGGUCCAGGCCUUCUCUUCUACCUCCCACUCCUUGAUGUGUGUCACAAGGUUGACAUCCGACUGAAAAUGCUUAAGGUUCCUCCUCACACGGUGGUGACAAAGGACUUGGUAAGGCCAGAGCUGGGCGCAGUGUGUUAUUACCAGAUAGAGAACGUGGCUCUGUGCAGCACAGCUCUGUCCAGUCUGACCACAGUGUUGCAGACUCUGGUCCAGGCAGCGGUCAGAGAUGUUUUCGCCCAACACACAUUCAGCCACAUCCUGCUGCACAGGAGGAGGGUCGGCCAGCAGAUACAAGCAGCUGUUGACUCCGUUGCUUGUCGCUGGGGAAUCCGGGUGGAGAGAGCAGACAUAGACGAGCUCAGUUUUCCUGUGGAGUUACAGCAGAGUCUGGCUGCCGAGGCUGAGCUCAAGAGACAACAGCAGGCUAGGGUAAAAGCAGCAGAAGGAGAGACAACUGCCUGGGAAGGGUUCAGGGCCUCCUUCCGUCACCUCCAUCCUGCCCUGGUCCUUCCAAUCCCCCCAGAUCUCCUCAGUCUGACCUCUGACCACUCAUCUCUACCUCCACCUCCUCCUCCUGCUGUGGAAGAAGCAGGAGGAAUGACAGAGGAGGAGCCAGAAACAGACUCGCCAAUGAUGUGA